AGUGAGUCACACUGACGGUAAUUGCGUUUCUGUUGCGGCAGCAUGGAGAGCUGAGCUGAGAACAAGGAAGCAACAUGUGCCGACCAUAAUAAGUGCCACAUACCCGCGAGGACAGCCACGAGACAAGAGGCGAGGACGCCCGACGAGUGUCCUCAAGUCCAACACGUAUUAUCUCACCAUGAAAAGAGAGGUGAAGGCUGGAGUGAACUUCCUCAAAAGCCUGGCCUUGGCACGUGGCAAACUCACUGAAGCCAAAGCAGAAUUGUUUGCAGAGAAGCUACAGAACCUUUUAUGCAACAAAUACAAUGACCACUGGUACCCUGACAGUCCCAGCAAAGGUCAAGCAUACAGAUGUAUUCGUAUAAAUAACGGAGGACCCUGUGAUGAAGAUAUUCUGAAGGCUUGCAAAGAGAGCGAUGUCACACCCAGCGAACUAAGCUUUCCGCGCGAGAUCACAGUGUGGAUCGACCCCCUGGAGGUGUGUGCGAGAUCUGCAGAGAACGGCCGGCCGUUCGUUGUCGCCUGUUUCGAAGGCGACUGUGCGGAAGAAAAACAGGCGGACUCUGUAAACCUGGACACAUCCGAUUACCACUCUGCUACCUCUUCGGAUUGUAGUUCCACUGCGUCCAGUGACACAGAGGAGGAGGCAAAAAACGGUGAGACGCAGGGAGAGAAGAAGAAAGAAGGAAAGGACCUCAUCAAGAAGAAUGCAGCAGAAGGCUACAGCUACACGAUACCAAUGGUUCCCAGGAUUCGGAAGCGGCACGGGGAGGGAACAAAUGCGAAUAAAUACGUCAGAAAUAUGCUUCCCGCCACCCUCCAGUACUUCUACCACCCUGCACCAGUGUGGCCUCAGUACAAGAAGGGCGCUCCAAAGUUUCUCAACUCCGUGUGCGCGCCUCCGCCGCCUCCACCCCAGCAGGUAUUUGGCUACUACAUCUUGCCGCAGCCAUCUCCUCAGUUCAUUCUGCCUCAAGCCACCCUGCAGCCGUGGGGAGCCGUGAAGGGUUAGAGCGCCCAGGAAGUGCGGGGUGCAGACGGAUGGAGCUCCAGCUCCUUCAACUGAGCCAUGUCUUGUCAGUUUUCUGAUUUCAAGGCCAAGAAAUAACUUUUAAAAAUAUGUGUAGCUCAAAGUUAUUUAAUGUACAACAUGUAAUUAUUCCUCCUUUUCACUUUUGGAGGCUUGUUAUUCAUAACUCAGGACAUCUCAGCAAUAUCCUUCACACCAAAUAUAUGUGUUGUUUCUUUUGUUAUGUCAAUCUGUCGUUUCUCUGACCAAAAUGUGAUACAGGGGUUUAAAAGUGUCUAUCUGUAUUUUAAGAAUAAUAUUUUUACUAAACUGCUUAUAUAUAAUACGGAAUUUUCAUACCAUAUACAGAUGCACAUUUUCUAAUCUUAACAUCGUUUGUUCUAAUUUAUUUGGCCACCAGUGGAUGGCACUCAACCUACAGCUAACCCAUACAAUGAUAUAUUUUUGUAGGAACAGCUGCUGUAUUUUAAAAAUGUAACCUCACAAAAAAUAAACAUGAUUUUAUGUAGCUUAAAUAUCUCAGCUGCUCAUGUGUGGCCUGCUUAAAGCUGAAUCUUUUUUUUAAUUAUUGUUGGUGACUUCCUUUGCUAGGGAAAUCUGGUACAGCUAUAUAUCCUUUAAUAGUUCUCCCCCUCUGGCGCGUGUAUACUGUGAUUGUUUGAUGUAUUUAAUGUCCAUGCAACCUUAAAAUGAUUCUGUUUUGCUUAAACCUUUUGCACUAGACCUUUAGCUUCUGAAUGCAGCAGAUUAAAUCCACUAAUACCUAAAAUCGUUGUGUUCUUUUGGGGUUAGGGUU